GCAGACUGUUUGCAGCCCCUCGCCUGCUUUAAGUAUACAGCCAUAUACGCGUAAUUGCCAGAAGUUAUUGGGGCCCGACAGAGGCGUGAUUUUAGGUGCCGACUGCAGACCGCGUUGACCCGAGCGACGCUGACGCAGCGCCCGCUGCUGCACAUCGCUUUAUCGUUCGUGGUACACAAUCAACCGGUUGUAAUCAUUCUUGCGCGUGUUUCCAGUCCCUGCUUGAGCAUUCUGCGUGACGCUUCACUAUGGAAGAGGAUUUUGAUAGGGAGAUCAAAGUAGUGGUGCUGGGGAAUGGAGGCGUCGGCAAGACUAGCAUGAUUAGGCGCUUCUGCAAGGGCAUCUUCACGGACGAGUACAAGAAGACCAUCGGCGUGGACUUCCUGGAGAAGGCUCAGUUCGUGGACGCGCUGCAGGAGGAGGUUCGCUUUAUGCUUUGGGAUACAGCUGGCCAGGAGGAGUUUGAUGCCAUCACGCGCACUUACUACCGUGGCGCCGGUGCCGCGGUUAUCGCGUUCUCGACAACCGACCUGGACUCGUUUAAGGCGGUUCAAAGUUGGAGGGAGAAGAUUAACGCAGAGUGCGGUGAUAUCGCGAUGUGCCUAGUGCAGAACAAGGUGGACCUCAUCGAUCGCGCCGUUGUGACGCCCGAGGAGGUGGAGGCUCUGGCUCGGCAGCUGGGGCUGAAGCUCUACCGCACAUGUGUGAAGGAGAACAUCAACGUGACGGAGGUGUUCGGAUACCUGGCGGAGCUGCACCAUAAGAAGCUGCAGGCGGGCCAGCUCAGCCAGCAGCCUGCGGCGGCGCCUAUCACUGGGGCCCAGGGCGGCUCGCACGCGGCGCCGGCGGCCCCAGCGGUGCAAAACCAGCAGCGCAGCAGUGGCGACGAUGAGGCAGCGCCAGAGGCGGCGACUGAGAAGUUGCACGACCCCAUGACUGUGAACCUGAAGCCCAGCAAAGUGCGCACCAAGGGCAAGAAGUCCCUGAAGGACAAGCUGACGGCCUGCUCGGUUGCAUGAGGCGGCAGUAGCAGCAGCAGCAGCUGGACACCUUGACCGGACCGGACCGGCAUGCGGCGGGAACUGCCUGACAGCGUGCUGACAUGAUCAUUCUGACGAGGUUGUGGCCGUGUUAUGGGAAUGGGAAUGGAGCUUGGGACUAGCACUGCGGCAAAUGAUUGCGUGCCGGAUUGCUGAGCAGUUAUGUAAGGCAGGUCACUGGACGUCGGGAUAACAACCUGACAGGGGCCAUAUAUAUGACGGUGUGAACUGGAGCGUGCGUGUAUGUGCUAAGGAGGUUAGGAAGAUUUGUAGGCAGAAUGCGUGCGGGGAAACAGCGCUGGUGGCACGGUAUACGUGCUGAGGCGCUGAGACAGAAGUACCCUUAUUCACUGUUAAGAGCCAGUCGGCAACUCUAGGCACAUACUUCGGAUGAUGUGUUAGUGCACGUGCUUGGGUGCUGUGCCGGGUCAGUAGGGUGUGGCAUGGCAUUUGCGUGUCUGUCGUACACGCACCAGGAAAGUACUGUACUUGCAGGGAGCGGCCAUCUGGGUCGCAGGCAAUGCGUGAGGACAUGCAGUGCAAGAA